AUGCACGCCUUCCUCGCUCUCCUCAGCGCAUCUGGCGCUCUCGCCGCUCCUGCCCUUUCAAAGCGCGCAGACAUCAAAUGCCCCAUCGUCUUCGACGGACGUGUGCCUACCGCCUGGGCAGCCGACCCGACGCAAUUUGAUACAUACGCUACCAACACCAUCUACAACCCCGACUACGUCAAGGGCAACGAUCUCAAAUGGAGCGGGAUCCUCAAGUUUCCCAACGUCACAAAGUCGCGCUUUGAUACCACUGAGCACACUCCUCUCGAGGUGACCAUUAGCGACCAGAGCAUUUUCCAGCAACAGAAGGGAUUCAGGCGCGCGGGUCUGCAGUUCUUGAAGGACGCUGCGGAUGGACCGGGACAGACUGGUGUGAAAACGCUGCAUUUCAGCGUGAUGCAGGAUGCGUCUAGACCGCUGAACUUGACACACGAGUACCUCAACGUCUGGCACGAAAAAGCAGACUACUCCGCCGACCAAAUCCAAUUCCAAACCGGCACUCUCAUCGGCAAGAGCGGCGCCGACAAGAACAAGUUCCAGAUUCUGGACCAGAGCAACAAGCAGCUGUAUGCUACUGCGACGGACAAGUCUCAGUGGCAGAAUUUCGCCAUCAAGCUCGACUACACUAAAAACCAAGUUACCAUCUACUACUCUGCUGGCGAUGCUGCGCUCAAGUCGGUCGCGGGUCCCACUGCCGCUUCGCUUUCUGGCGGUGGCCAGUUCCAGAUUGGUAUCUUGAAGAAGCCAACUGGAACUUCGGACGUGGUUAAUGGAGGCUAUCAGGAGAGCAACUUGAAUGAGGGACAGAUUUAUGGAGGGAUCUUCCUUGAGGAUAGUGCGAACGACUGUGUAUCGUUGUGA